GCGGGCACCCGGCCUCCGCGGGGGCGGCGGGCGGAGAGUAAAACCGGGCCCCGGCAGGGACGCGGGGCUGGAGCCGGACCCGCCGCCGCCAGGGCAAGGAGAUGACAGGUGGAAAUGAAUCCUGUACUGCAGGACCAACAUCUAUGUCCUACUUAACUUGCCUGACGUAUAUUCUGGAAGAAUGGACUGGUGUGAAGGAUAUUGGAGAUUAUCUGAGUUACGCGUUCUACAUUUUAUGGUUGUUUUUUCCACUUGUGGUAGUCUUUGUACUUCCAGGAGUUAUUGUCAUUCUCUUCUACGUUUCCAUUCUCUGGCUUCAUAUUUAUAAAAGGAAGAAUGAAAUAAAGGAAGCUUAUUCCCAUGAUGUUUGGAUAGGUGCGAAAGAAAUGUUGGCAACCCUAUGGGAUGGACAUGGAAGAAUAUGGCAUGGUUAUGAACUUCAUGGUGUCGAAAAUAUUCCUGAAGGACCAGGACUUGUUGUGUUUUAUCAUGGAGCUACUCCCCUUGACUAUAUCUAUUUCACAGCUAGACUUCAUGUAAUGCAGAAGAGGUGCUGCAGCGUAGUAGCUGAUCAUUUUGUCUUUAGAUUACCAGGCUUUAGAAUACUGCUUGAGGUAUUCGGAGUUAUACACGGACCAAAAGAAGCUUGUGUCGGGACUCUGGAGAAGGGCCACCUGUUAGCCAUUGCCCCAGGUGGAGUUCGGGAAGCACUCUUCAGUGAUGAAAUGUAUACUAUUUUGUGGAGUGAUCGGAAGGGCUUUGCUCAGGUGGCGAUUGAUGCAAAAGUGCCCAUCAUUCCUAUGUUUACACAAAAUGUUCGAGAAGGCUUUAGGACAUUAGGAGGAAUAAAAAUACUUAGGUCUCUGUAUGAGCGUACUAGAUUGCCAGUAGUUCCUCUGUAUGGGGGGUUUCCUGUCAAGCUACGUACAUUCAUUGGAGCACCCAUUCCGUAUGAACCAAAUAUGACUGCUGAGGAACUAGCUGCAAAGACAAAAGCAGCAGUCCAAGCUCUCAUAGAAAAACAUCAGAAAAUACCAGGAAAUAUUUUUAGGGCUUUAAUGGAACGAUUUCAAACACAAAAGAAAGAAGAUUAAGAUCUUCUGAACUUAAACUUCUAUAACUACUAUUUAACUAACUACUACUAAAAAUAUUCUUAAAGUUACAUGUGUAAAUUAUUCAUUCUUCUAAUAAUAGGUUUUAAAUACUGUCCUAAUGAUACUGCUCUAUAAUUUAAGGUAAAAGUCACUUGCCCUUGACCUUUCCCGUGUUCAGUAUCAAGCUCAGGAACCCAAACUUAAAAUCAUUCAUAAUGGGCAAAGUUUAAUUUUUGAUAAAUGUGUUCCUACCUUUGAAGUGUUGUUGAUUCUGGGUUUGUUUUGGGUUUUUUGUUUUUGUGGGUUUGUUUUUUAUUUUUUUCAAAUAAUACUGCAAGCCUUUAUGUAUAUGGUCUGUCAUUCUCAUAUCCCCACCAUGAUGGAUCUCUAAACUGAAUGUUAAACCCUCUACAGAGCUGGAGUCUCACGUUCUUGACCCUCAUUGGUAUAAGGAGGUUUUGUGGGCCAGAUUAAUGCCGUACAACACAUAUGAAAAAUUUCCUGAAAUUGUUACUGUCACUCUACUGGAAAACAGCCCACCACUUUUGGCCUGCAGAAACCUCUAGCAAUGCCUGCAAAACCAGUGUUGCAAAGUGUUUAGUUUUGCUGGGUGAGCUCAGAAACGGCUCAGAGGAGUGAAAAUUGAUUGGAGAACUACAGUGAAUCAAAGGGGUCGGUUAUGGAAACCUCUCUGAUGCUGUCAGUGAGAACCCUACAACACAGCUGCUAUUCCAAGCCAAGGCAUAUUGGAUAUCUAUCUGCCCUUGAGUAGAGACUUGUCCCAUUUAUUUCUCAGUGAAUCUACACAUUCUCCGUUGAAACAAUGAGCCAAGCAUUCAAACAUCAGGAAGUAGAAAUGAGAGUACUGCUUAGUAACAUGAGUUCAAAAAUCUUUAUUUUGAUGGAAAGAGAAAAUUGUUAUAACAUUGUAAAAGCAGCAGUUCUUUGAAAAACAGGAUUGGCAUUCCCAAAUACCCUUUGGAUAUGUAUGUGCAUAAACUAUUAAAUAUAUUCUUCAAACAGUUAUUUAUGUAAGUUAAAUAAUGGAGAGGGAAGUUCUGUGUUGUUUCAUUAAGUGAAAACAGUUGAAUCAACAGGAGAGAAUUGCGAAAUUGGGCUUUUGUGCACUUACAGCAAAUUAUAUUGUUAUAUUUUUUUUCUUAGCUAAAGCCUAUGGUCCUAUUUUCCAAAUAGGAAAUAUCUGAAAUAUUUCUUAUAAUUUCCAGGAAUUUUAAUCUACAGUUCUUAAUUUAACACCUGGGAACUUUUUAGUUCUGAGAUGAGGACAAAUCCCUUCAGAAAAGACGAGAGAUUUUUGCUAUAUGAUGUGGUCACCUUUCAGUAUUGUUGGGGUUUGACCUUUUCUUUAAAAAAAAAAAUACAUCCCCCUAAGAAAAACCCAAUAAAUAACCAACAUUUAAAGGAGCAGUUGUAUUUGAUAUAGCAGUCAUUCCUCUUUCAUUUAAGCAUACACUUUGCUGUAUCUCUUUUAAAUGUGUAAAUUAGUGACAUGCAGAAGUGCACGUGGGUGAUGCCCUAAUUUAGAAAAAUGCCACUUUAUGGGAAAUUGUCUAUCAAAUGUGGUUUACAAGAAGCAAAAAAUUUGCUUAUUUUAUGAUAUUAAUUUAUACCAAAAACAUUUUAUGUGGUGUUAAUUUUUUUAAAUCUUUGGCAAGAAUCAUGGUAUAUAAAAGCAAAUGCCCUAUAUGAAGUUUUUUAAAUUAAUUGGGUUUUCCUUGAAGGCAAGAUUGGGUUCCUUUUAAUUUAUUGGAGUGUUUCAAAAAUACUGUUAACACAGCAUGUCAUUAAAAGUGAUAAUGCUAAAUUCCUGCAUUGAAGUAUAACUUAAGUAUGACCUUUUUUUUACUGUCCAUCUUGAGAAAAAUAUACAUCAGUCUAUGUUGUGAGCAACUCAAAGGCAGCUGAACAUCUUUUAUGUUGAGAUUGCAUAUACGUAAAAGAGAACUCAAUCUAAAAGGUUCCGUUAGACAUGAAUAGACAUGAUCAGAUUUUGUAAAAUUUAUUUUAUUAGCUGUGGGCUAUUUACUGCAGUUUUGUCCCCUUAAGUGUUGAAAGAUCAGUAUAAAAAAUGAAGGGCAGUAUUGGUACUCUAAGUGUUCAUAUUUGUAUAGGCCUUUCAUUUUUAUUUCUAUAUAUUAAAAAUAUGUAGAAGACAGUUUUUGAAUAAAAUUGUCAACUGGAACAAA